AUGCGCCGGACUUUUGUGUCGUUCAACAAGGACGGUAGAGCGGAGAACCGGUUGGAUGGUUUCUUCCCUGGAAUAGAGGUGCCGAAAGCAGAGUUCAUUGCUCGGCGUCAAGAGGUAACUAAGGGAGAGAACGAGAUGUUUCUCGUCGAUGAAGAUUUGGUGCUGAACCAUCUCUUGGCUAGUACCUCUGUAACAUAUGACGUGAAGACAGAUACACUAAAAGGCGACUCAUUGAGAACGUCUGAAGUGAGUGGUGCCGUUCAGCUUUCUUUGAACCUUUUACGUGAUGAUUUUGGUGGUCGACAAAAAAAUGAACCCUGCUAUUGCAAUUGGGAUUCAAAGAUGCUUGCUCUCCGUGGGGACUGA